GCCAGCGCCUCGCUCCGUGCCUAUAAAAAGCGGCCGGGGGGAAGGUCUAGUUCUUUCGCCGGUCCCUCACGCCCGAGACGAUGCCCGAGAAAGUGCAGCACGAGGAGGAAGAUGCGGAGACCUUCGCCUUCCAGGCGGAGAUCGCCCAGCUCAUGUCGCUCAUUAUCAACACCUUCUAUUCCAAUAAGGAGAUCUUCCUGCGAGAGCUCAUCUCCAACGCCUCCGACGCCCUGGAUAAGAUCCGCUAUGAGAGCCUGACCGACCCCUCCAAGCUGGACAGUGGGAAAGACCUGAAAAUUGACAUCAUCCCCAACCCCCGGGACCGCACACUGACUCUGGUGGACACUGGCAUUGGGAUGACAAAAGCAGACCUCAUCAACAACCUGGGCACCAUUGCCAAAUCCGGGACCAAAGCCUUCAUGGAAGCACUGCAGGCUGGCGCAGACAUCUCCAUGAUCGGGCAGUUCGGCGUGGGUUUCUAUUCCGCCUAUCUGGUGGCUGAGAAGGUGGUUGUCAUUACCAAGCACAAUGAUGAUGAGCAGUAUGCUUGGGAGUCAUCAGCUGGGGGCUCGUUCACUGUCCGAACUGACCGUGGUGAGCCCAUUGGACGUGGCACCAAAGUGAUCCUGUACUUGAAGGAGGACCAGACUGAGUACUUGGAGGAGCGUCGUGUGAAAGAGGUGGUGAAGAAGCACUCCCAAUUCAUUGGCUACCCCAUCACGCUCUAUCUGGAGAAAGAACGUGAAAAAGAGAUCAGUGAUGAUGAAGCAGAGGAGGAAAAGGAUGAGAAGGAGGAAGAGUCAGUGUCCAAAGAUGAAGAGAAACCCAAAAUCGAGGAUGUGGGCUCUGAUGAGGAGGAGGAGGGAGACAAAGGCAAGAAGAAAAAGACCAAGAAAAUCAAGGAGAAAUAUAUUGACCAGGAGGAGCUGAACAAGACCAAACCAAUUUGGACCCGCAACCCUGAUGACAUCAGCCAGGAGGAGUAUGGCGAGUUCUACAAGAGCCUCACCAAUGACUGGGAGGACCACUUGGCUGUCAAGCACUUCUCUGUGGAAGGGCAGCUGGAGUUCAGGGCCCUGCUUUUCAUCCCACGCCGUGCCCCUUUUGACCUUUUUGAGAACAAGAAGAAGAAGAACAACAUUAAGCUGUAUGUGAGGCGGGUCUUCAUCAUGGACAGCUGUGACGAGCUCAUCCCUGAAUACCUAAACUUCAUCCGGGGUGUUGUGGACUCAGAGGACCUUCCUCUGAACAUUUCUCGUGAGAUGCUCCAGCAGAGCAAGAUCCUCAAAGUGAUCCGCAAAAACAUUGUGAAGAAAUGCUUGGAGCUCUUUUCUGAGCUGGCAGAAGACAAAGAAAACUACAAGAAAUUUUAUGAAGCUUUUUCCAAGAAUCUCAAGUUGGGCAUCCAUGAGGACUCCACCAACCGAAAGCGCCUUUCGGAGCUGCUGCGGUACCACACGUCCCAGUCAGGUGAUGAGGUGACUUCACUUUCUGAGUAUGUGUCCCGUAUGAAGGAGAACCAGAAGAGUAUAUACUACAUCACAGGGGAGAGUAAGGAGCAGGUUGCUAACUCAGCCUUUGUGGAGCGUGUGCGGAAGCGUGGCUUUGAGGUGGUGUACAUGACAGAGCCCAUCGAUGAGUAUUGCGUGCAGCAGCUCAAGGAGUUUGAUGGCAAGACCCUGGUAUCAGUCACCAAAGAGGGGCUGGAGCUGCCUGAGGAUGAGGAAGAGAAAAAAAAGAUGGAGGAGAGCAAGGCCAAGUUUGAGAACCUCUGCAAACUUAUGAAGGAAAUCCUGGACAAGAAGGUGGAGAAGGUCACCGUCUCAAACCGGUUGGUCUCAUCUCCCUGCUGCAUCGUCACCAGCACCUACGGUUGGACAGCCAACAUGGAGCGCAUCAUGAAGGCUCAGGCACUGCGGGACAACUCUACCAUGGGCUAUAUGAUGGCCAAGAAGCAUCUGGAGAUCAACCCUGACCACCCAAUUGUAGAAACCCUUCGCCAGAAGGCUGAUGCUGACAAGAAUGACAAAGCUGUUAAAGAUCUGGUGGUGCUACUCUUUGAGACUGCUCUGCUGUCCUCUGGUUUCUCCCUGGAAGAUCCCCAGACCCACUCCAACCGCAUCUACAGGAUGGUCAAACUCGGGCUUGGCAUAGAUGAAGAUGAGGUGGCUGCAGAGGAGCGCAGUGCAGCUGUCCCUGAGGAAAUCCCCCCUCUGGAGGGAGAUGAAGAUACAUCCCGCAUGGAAGAGGUAGACUAAAGGAGGAAGAUUCUUCCUUCACCUGCCAGACCUCUCCUCUAUCAUGUUUGCUUAGAAGAUGGUCUGCUCCCACCAGCUGCUACUGACUUCUUGGUGGUGUCUUCUUUUGGCUCUGUUUGGUUGGGGUUGUUUUUGGCAGGGUGCAGGAUGGCAUGAUUCCCUGUUUGUUAGUAGUGAUUCAGGUAGCCUGAGGCCUGUCUGUUCUGUGUCUUUCUGCUUGUGUAGGAACAGCUGAUGGGGAGUGGAGGAGUGAGGAGGCAUCAGGCUUCCCCUCUCUCCCCCUCAUGGAGUGUCCCAUGUUACCAGUAGGCAUCAAACAGUGUCCUUAUUCCAUUGGGGUGGGAGAGCCUUUCCUCCGAACAGUGCUUCCCUGAAGCCCCAGGAUAGCAUAAUGUAUUUUGGUUGGGUUUUGUUUGAUUAUUUUUCUGGAGUUUGUUGUACUGGAAUUAAAGAAUUGAUGAUUUA